UUGGUUCCCAACAAUUGAACUAGAAUCCGACUGAACUAACCCGCUUCCUGCUCCUUUCUCUUCUCGCAGACUCAGACAAUGGAAACCGAAGAAGAAGAAGAAAGACUCUCACUCCCAACCUCAAACCAAACCCUUACAGACCCAACCCUCCACCAAAAGCACCAGUCAAUGCUCGCGCGCCUUUCCAACCGCCACCAAACUCGCGUCGAUAACUCACUCGCCCGCCGAUCCGACUCGGAUUCCAACUCGCCCUCCUCUGCCUCCGCCUUCCUCUCCCGCUUCUCCGACUCCAAGCGCUCCAUCGAGGCCCAUAUCGUCCAGUCCCGACUCGACCACCCAACCGAUCCGAGCGAAGUCAAAUCCCACCUCGACUCCAUCUCCGCCUCUAUCUCGGACCUCGAAAAGCUCGUCGCCGAGAGCUCCUUUUUCUUGCCCUCCUACGAGGUCCGCUCCUCCCUCAAAGCCGUCUCCGAUCUCAGACAAUCCCUCGACAAUCUGAGCUCCGAGCUCAUCCCCAAAAAGAAAUUCGCUUUCAAGAACAAAGCCUCCAAGAGAGACCCAGCCACUGAACCGAAACAAACCACGACAGAAGAAAAGUCCGAUUCCGUUUCAACUUCGCACGAGAAAUUGGGUUUCCAGGUGAGGGAUUCGCCGGGUUUUAGAGACAAAAAGGGUGAGAUUUUGGUUGAGAAUUUCAAGGGUUCCGAGAUUGGAGAAUUCACGGUUUCCGAUCUCGAUUCUUGCGAGGUGAAGUUGAUUGGUUCCGUGAGAGCGUUAUUUGUUCAUAGGCUGAGGAACUGUAGGGUUUAUGCUGGGCCGGUGAUAGGCUCGGUUCUGAUUGACGAAGCUGAGGGGUGUGUUUUUGUGAUGGCGUCGCAUCAAAUUCGGAUUCAUAAUGCGAAGGGGUGCGAUUUCUAUUUGAGAGUGAGGAGUAGGCCGAUAAUCGAGGAUAGCAGUGGCGUGAGGUUUGCGCCGUACUGUUUGAGCUAUGAAGGUGUGGAGGAGGACUUAAGGGAUGCGAGUCUGGAUGAGGAGACGGGGAAUUGGGCCAAUGUGGAUGAUUUCCGGUGGCUGCGCGCGGUUCAGUCGCCAAAUUGGUCGCUUUUGCCGGAAAAUGAGAGGGUUCGGAUGGUUAACAUUUUGGAUUUGGGAGGUGGGAUUGAAGGCAAUUAGCUUUUGGUUCAGCCUCUUGUAUUUAGUGGAAAGCUUACUGGCUUCAACCAUCUGAUAAUGAAACAAGCACAUGAACAGUCAACAGAGAUCUCUGUAUAUUGGUUGGCCCAUUAUUUAGUAUUUCUACCUCUCUGAUCUUUCCCACUACUUUCUGGUGCUGGCUAGGCUUGAAAAGCAUCCAUGUCUUUUUAAUCACAAUCGGAUGACUCGGACUUGACUAUAUUGUUGGCCUUGUGGACGGGAAUCUUGCCAGCAGUUUUUUUUUUAUCUUUACUAUUCCAAUUAAAGAAUUACAUGUUUGAAAAUGAUGGAGUUUUGGACUUUCUGGUUAACUGUUCUGCAUGUAAGUCAAAAUCAAAGAUCCCUUUGAAGUUUU